UAUUAUGUUUUUUUCUAAAGUGGGAUCGGAGUGGAACAUGGCGACGUCCCUGAUCUACGGCCGGUUGUCGGCUGGACUGAGGAAUUCCGGGUGUAGGACGGCCCUCAGUAAUGCAUCUAAGGUACUGGGAGGGACGUCCGGCCUGUUUGGGAACCAUGGGGCGCAGCAGUUGCCCCUGCAGCAACAGCAGAGGAACCUCUCCUUGCACGAAUACCUGAGCAUCGGCCUGCUGAAGGAGGCGGGCAUCUCCGUGCCCGCGGGCAUGGUGGCUAGCACGCCCGAGGAGGCCUAUUCCGUCGCCAAGCAGAUUGGCUCUAAGGACCUGGUGGUGAAGGCUCAGGUGCUGGCAGGAGGCAGGGGGAAGGGAACCUUUGAGGGAGGCCUGAAGGGAGGAGUCAAGAUUGUCUACUCACCAGAGGAGGCCCGGGAUAUUUCCUCUCAGAUGAUUGGCCAGAAGCUGUACACAAAGCAGACGGGAGAGAAGGGCCGCAUCUGCAACCAGGUGUUCAUCUGCGAGCGCAGGUACCCCCGCAGGGAGUACUACUUUGCCAUCACCAUGGAGAGGUCCUAUCAGGGCCCAGUGUUGAUCGGCAGCUCGCAGGGAGGCGUGAACAUUGAGGACGUCGCAGCGGAGAACCCUGACGCCAUUGUAAAGGAGCCCAUCGACAUUGUGGAGGGCAUCAAAAUGGAGCAGGCCGUCAAGGUGGCAGAGAAAAUGGGUUUCCCCCCCGCUUUGAUCAACGAGGCAGCUGAGAACAUGAUCAAGCUCUACAACCUCUUCAUCAAGUACGACGCCUCCAUGGUGGAGAUCAACCCCAUGGUGGAGGAUUCAUCUGGCAUCGUGAUGUGCAUGGACGCCAAGAUAAACUUUGACUCCAACGCGGCGUACCGGCAGAAGAAAGUGUUCGACAUGCAGGACUGGACCCAGGAGGACAUUCGAGACCGGCAGGCGGCCAAAGCCGACCUCAACUACAUUGGACUGGACGGAACCAUCGGCUGCCUGGUUAAUGGGGCAGGGUUGGCCAUGGCCACAAUGGACAUCAUCAAGCUCCACGGCGGCACUCCUGCCAACUUCCUGGACGUUGGGGGCGGAGCCACUGCGCACCAGGUGACGGAAGCGUUCAAACUCAUCACCUCCGACAAAAAGGUGCAGGCCAUCCUGGUAAAUAUUUUCGGAGGUAUUAUGAGAUGUGAUGUCAUCGCCCAAGGUAUCAUCAUGGCUGUGACAGAUCUGGAACUUAGAAUCCCCAUCGUUGUUAGGUUGCAAGGGACACGGGUGGACGAUGCGAAGGCUCUCAUUGCUGCCAGCCCCCUGAAGAUCCUGGCCUGCGACGACCUGGAUGAAGCGGCAAAAAUGGUUGUAAAGCUUUCUGAGAUCGUCUCGCUAGCGAAGGAGGCCCAGGUGGACGUGAAGUUUCAGCUCCCGAUCUAGGACCCGCCCCCCUCCUCGAGCAGCCGAAAGACCUCGCUGUAGAGAAUCAUCCUUCCAAGCAUCCUCCAAUCCCACCCUUCAGUUUUAUUUUUUAAUUUUUUUUUGCUUUUUCUUUUCAGUCUGUUUCGGUGGUAUGGUCUCAAACCUCUGUUACGUCGGCUAUGUGCGACAGGCUUCAUCUCAGCAAAACCCAGACUGCCCAGCUAACUCUGCAGCCCUGUCCGCCCGUGGCUGUUUGAGUCGGUGCUUCCAAGAUUGCAGCUUCCAUCACCUGCCCGCCGCAUUCCGUUCAAAUUUAAAUCUCCUGCUCACGUGUCGCUCUGCAACUGUUACUCAUUCCUUCUAGUUCUUUCCUUUAUUCAAAAAUAAGACUGAAAAAAAAAACGAACCGGGAAUAUUUAUACUGGCUUAAAUUAUUGCCAUAGAGGCGUCAAACCCAAACAGUAUGUUGUUAUUGCUGGUUCUCCGUAUGACAGGGAUAUAUUUGUGAUAUAUUUUCAUCUGUGUCAUUGGGAAGUGUGUCCUCUCCACUGGCCACACUGUUCCUUUCUAGAGUAGUCCUAUGUAGUACUCACGGGCGCACACACAAAUAUCCACUCCACAGACUGCAUGCUCUUGUUGGGAGCGUGGCAGUUAGACUCCAGCGAACCCCGGUGGGUUAUGAUCAUUUUAACCUUUCUCAGAGGUGGCAGCACACAGCCUUGAAGGCUGCGUUACUGUCCCCCCCCCCGCCCCAUUCAGGCGUGCCUUUGAUGGUUGGUAUUGAAAGAGAGGAAUAAGAUGAGGGGGGGGGUGGGAGGCCUUUCGGUCCAGUCCCAGCUGCUCAGGUGGCAGCAUCAGCCCACGAGACCAGCCAGGACAGCUGAUGGUAAAGGAGACGCACCCAGCAGCCACACCGAGGCUGUGAGGGACGGCGAGCUUCACUCACAGCUUUCACCAUGGAAACGUGGGCGUGCCGUUUGCGUUCGGGUGAAGAGGAGUACUGCUGCUGUACUUGGAUGCAGUAUUAAAGAUGACCUCUUUUAAUGCGGUUCUGUUAACUUAAAGAGUAUCAAGCCCCUUCACUCAGUCUCCUGAUGAUCUGAAAUUACCCUUCAAAUUAUUAUUAAACAAAUUGGCCCCAAUUACAGUUUAAAGCAGCCAUUUUUGCUCACAUUACAUUGCAUGCACGUUAAGCGUAAGCGUAAGCACACUGUUAAAACAGAAAAAUACGGUGAAUGCUUUUCAAAAUACGUUUGAAUUGGCAGGGUUUCUGAGCAGCAAGCGGACCCUGUGGAGACUCCAAUAGCCAAAAUAAUGUCUUUCUUAAGAGAGGUGUAACCGGUAGGAACUGUCAGGCAGUGGUUUCCUGGCAGUGCUGCCCCCCCUCCACACCCCCUCAUAGUGAAAGCCUGUUAUGUGCUGGUCUCGCCACCGUGUCAACCAAACCCCCUUACCUCCCACAUUAGCUGCUGUAACCAGGACGAAGAGCGCACACAUUCUGGUCUGGUCCUCACAUUCUGUGGCCCUCCAGACCAAACACUUCACUAAAUUUUUUUUAUUUGUUUUGUAAAUAACAAGACCACUUCUGUCUUCUGUAUGAUAUUUAAAAGGCUCAGGGGGGUGGGGAUCAAAGAAAAUAUUAAAUGCAUAGAACACCAAAAAUGGCCUGCUGCUUUUAUUCAGAAGAGCAAUCACACGCGCCGUACACAGAGCGCACAGACUUUCCUCUGUCCUUGUGGAGCUGAAUCCACAGAAUGAGUCCAGAAGAGUAAUAGAGCCAUGAGCAGAAAUAGGGUGAUUUAUUUCUUGAAUAAUCUCUUAAAAUUGAAUUCCGUUUGGAGAAUAAAGUGAAAAUUUUGGGAAUAAAGCUGAAAUAUUGAGAUUAAAUUCAAAUUUUUUGAGCCUAGAGUAGCCUAGCACUAGCACUGUAGGCACGCCUUCUGUCGAGGGGCUAGUGAAAUUUUGCUUUACUUCAAUAACCAGAAAAUUCUUUAUCUUAGUCCAUGUGCACAGAAUUAUAAUGUGUACAGGCUUUGAAGAGACUGCCGAAAAUUGCAUCUGUUCAGAUGUAGGAACUGGUUUUUAUUCUUUAAAUUUCAACUUUAUUCUUUAAAGACGACAAAAAUUCGCUCUGUUUUCCGUGCGAAAGUGGUAUGGAAAGUAGAAUAAUUAUUUGUUCAAGAUGCAGGCAUGAAGACACAAACUGGGGCCAGACAGCAAAGUGACAGAUUACGGUUACACACUUGAGCCCACCUUUUUCACUCAAGACUAAAUAGUUCUGAUGGUCCUGUAAUAAUAUAAUACAUAUAUAAUCCCAACAUGGUUUUGCUGCACUCAUUCCCUUUGAAUUCAAAGACGAUGUCAAUCAGUCCUUAAUGGUACUGAGUGAUCAUCUUUACCCAAGAUUUGCACAAUUCUUUCCUGCAGACAGGUGUUUUUUCUGAGAGAGAAAAUACACCCAUCCACGAGUCGUUGCCCACUGACACUGGUGUUAUCCAUUUGUUGUGGUCUACUCGGUCACCACAUUUGAACCUAGUGAAGAAUUGUGGUAUACUUUUGAACAAUAUACUUCUGCAUUCUUUUUUGGAGAAUCUUUGUUAACCAAGUGACAAGCUUUGAAUCUCUUCUCUGGAUCAUAUUGUUACCCUGAUUUAGAUUAACAGACCUGGUACGUUUUAAACUUAUUUGAACUGUGUGUGUACGUUCUGCAGACUCCCAAGUGCCUGUAGCCACAAUAAAUACAAAAGAACUUUUGAAGCUCUUUAUUUAGGAUAAGAGCUGGCAUCAUCUUUGAAACAUGAAUAGCUGAUCUUGCUUCAGGCUUCUGGAGUUAAACAAUAGUUUUUCCCCUUUAAUACAAAACAAAGCUUAUACAAUAUUUAUCUGUGUUUGCCAAUAAGCCCGUGGAGACAUGUCUAUGUAAACAUGGCAAAUAUGACAUUUCUGUCUUGUAUCCAGAGUGCUGUUUGCAUGGUGUACUUUGUGCUUUUAUAGAUGGGAGUGUCUGUCA